CUUUGCUAUUUUCCUAUUUUUUCGAUUAGCUUAUAGACAAUCGGAUUUAACAUAUCAAGAAGAUUUGACUGUCCGUAUAGAUGAUUGUUUUAUGCACUCUCCAAUUCCUGUUGUUAGCUGGAGACACUUUUCACUGCUUGUUAAAUAACGAAUGGUUGUUCGAGCUACGUUAUGCUAGCCUGGAUGAAUUCACAAAAAGAAGAAACAUUGGGGUUCGGUCCAUCACCAUUGCGCCUCCACCAUGUAAUCGUGUCGACUACCAUCAGUAAAAAUCCUAUGAUCGUUCUUUUUCUUUGCGGUCUGACGGUCGUAAAAGGAGAAUUGCAAGUGCAGUAUGAAUGGAACGUUGUAAACUUUCAAACUCCAGCGGGGUUUCCGGUGAACCCUGACUACGAUGGCACAUCCACGCCGAUUUUUGGAAUGGAGAAAAGCGGUGAUGGCAGGGUCUUCGUUUCAACUCCAAGAAUAUGGCCAGGAAAUCCGGCCACCCUCUCGGUCGUGUCGGACCAGCGAGACAGUAACGGAUCCCUUUUAUUACAGGCUUAUCCUGAUUGGUCAUGGCACAAAAGUGCGGCUAAGGGGAAAGAGGAUGAUUGCAAAGGGUUGAUAUCAGUUUAUGGUAUGAGAUUAGACCAAUGCCAGAAUCUUUGGGUACUUGACUCGAGCAUUUUCAAUCUCCAAAAUUAUAAAGUUGUUUGUCCCCCGAAAAUUUUAAUCUUCGAUACAAGGACAAACGAUCUUGUUAAAAAGAUCCUUUUACCACGCAACCUAAUGGGCCACAAAUCGCUUUUCACAAACAUAGUGCUCCAUACUGUAGGAACAAACUGCUUGCGGACCACUGCCGCCUUUUUAUCCGACACCUACUCCCCAGCUAUAGUCACAUAUAACACCCAAGUGUCCAGAUUUACCAGGUCUACACAUCCUUCGAUGAACCUAAACCCAAAUGCUGAAUCUUUUUCCAUAUUGGGAGAGACCUUUCGUCUAUCAGACUGCGUCCUUGGAAUGGCAGUUGACAGUAAUAGGAAAGAACUUUAUUUUCAACCACUCUCAUCCUUCUUCAUAUUUAAAGUUAAAGUUAAUGAUUUAUUGAAAGGAAAAGAUGGACAUCGUCUGGGGGUCACUAGAGUAGCUAAUAAAAGUUCGCAGUCUGCGGGGCUAGAUUUCGGCCCAGUAGAGUCAGGAAAGGAAGUACUUGUUUACAGUGAAAUUUCGGAAAACAACAUCGUAUUUUUGGAUCCGACUACUUCAGAGAAAAGGGUUGUUGCUGUCUCAGCUGAAAAACUUCAAUUCGUCAGUGACAUCAAAAUUAAAAACGGGGAAUUAUUGUUGGCCAGCAUCAGAUUGCAGAAGUUCAUCCUUUCGAGUAUAAACUCUUCGGAUACUAAUUUAAGAAUCAUGAAAUUCGUCUCUUCCUAAUUAUUAAAUCGACCUGUAAAAGUCGUCAACAAUUAUAUUAUUAUCAUGAAGUGGAAAAAUACAAUUUUUGUUUUAUUUUUACUAUCAUAAGAAAUCCUGAAUAUGAAUAUGACAGAAUACAAAUAGUGUAUUAAGUAAAUAUAUUCGUAUAU